UGGAACAAGUAGGUUUUGAAAAAUCCCUACUGUUUAACACACAAUUCAGUUUAAGACCCAAAAUACAAGAAGCCACAAAAACAUGAAGACAUUUAUAAGGAGCCAAAGCACGAAGAAGGUCGAGGUGUUUCACAAUGAUUGCAUCCCGGGCUUGGACGCACCCGUAUCCGAUGGGGAGGAGCAGUUGGAGGAGCAGUCGCCAGAGGGCAUCGUGGAGAUACCCUGGCUGCAAAUGAAGCGAGAAAUGGACGCAAUGAACCGAACGCUGGACUGGGUGGAGGCCCAGUUGGCCAUCGAUCCCCACGAGCGGGCAUCGAACGUGGAUGGGGGCAGGCAGGAGGAGGAGGAGGCGGAGGCCAAGGGUCUGGAGCCGGAGGACUCGCGCUGGAUGAUCAUGCAUGGGAGCAGGGAUCCGGCCGUGCGGGAUCUGCAGUGGAAUAACCUUUGCAUUCGCCGGCAACUGGAGCCCCUGGUGCGCUCCUCAGAGCUAGGAGCAGCGCGCAUCUCGGCUCUGGGCCGUCUCUUCCAUAGGCAAACGAAGGGCCUGAUCGAGGGUCGCCAGGAGCACGAGCGCAUCCUCUCCUUCCACCUGACCAAGCAGCUGGAGGCGUCCAAGUGCCGGCAGCGCUAUCGCUACGCCCGCGACUUGUACGCCAGCUGGCGGGAGCUCUUCAAGAUGGGUCGCCACCUGAAGGAGGCAUACAGGAAGAUCCUCGAGCGCACCCAAUCCCGCUUGGAGUACGCGGAGAUCAAGCGGCAGGCGCUCGAGGAGAUGACGGUGGCCCACGACAUGUGCUUGGGCUCGACGCGCAGUCUGCUCGUCCGCGUGAGGGAACUGGAACUCGCCCUGGAGCCACUGGGCUUCAUCCGGCCAUCGCUUCAUUCCCGCAAAGUCUUCACUCCCGGUGCGUUGGGCGCCGGCUACAACGACGCCAAGCGCGACGACGAGUAUCCCGGCAGGCCGGUCUGGGUGAAGGGCAAGGCCUGGCAGUGUCGUUCCUACCGCACCGUCAAGUUCUCACGCGGUGAGGUGCUCGAGCUGCCGAUUGUUGUGCCGCCCGUGGAGAAGAGUUGGUACGGCAAAAUGCUGCACAAGCUGCACAACCCGCCCAAAAUCCAUUAGUGUUUCUGCGAUAAUCAUUGCUCCGUUAAUUUGAAAAACAAAUAGAAACCCC